AUGGUAAAUGCGCUGUCCGCCUUCCCUUUCUUGACCGCUGGCGACUUUGACUGGGCCUGUCGAGACCUGGCCGAUCGAGCCUGCGGUGGGGGCUGGCCGUCCGCUAGACUUGUCACACAGAAUGGUAUCCAUCUCACCAUCACUCAAUGCGUGGAUGUCCCGGAGGCUACAGAAGGUUCGGAGCUAGAAGUGCAGGAGCUGGAAGACCAGGAUCCGGAGGCGUUGGUUCGUACCGAUCUCAGCCCUAGAUUACAGAUCGACUAUGAUAUAGUGCUUUCCCCCACAUAUCAGGUCCCCGUCUUGUAUUUUACACUCAGGUGGCAUCACUAUCAGGGCCCGCUGGGGCUGGAUGCCGUCUAUCAGUAUGUCGUCCCGGAGCAGUACAGAAAGGAAUUGAAAACUGUGGGGGUCAUGGGGGGGAUCAGCUUUGGUUACCAUCCACAGUCUGGCGCUCCGGCCUUCUUUGUCCACCCGUGCAACACGGCGGAUGCCAUGGCGCAGAUUGCAGACGCACGGAGCGUCAACCCCGGUACAUAUCUCAUCAUCUGGCUCGGCCUCGUCGGGCAUUGCGUGAACCUGCACGUCCCACGUGAGCUCGUCGCCUCGGACAGUCCCAGCCCAUCCUGA